AUGACGUCUCCAAAGUUGGUCUUAUAUCUGAUGUGUUUGCUCUUAGGAACAAUCGCUCAGACGACUGAUCGGAAAAUAUCAUCAAGUGUUCGUCAAGAGAAACGUUAUAUAUCUGCUAAUGUUGGAGUAAAUGUGACUUUGCCAUGCUACAAUGAAGAUGAUGAUACAAAUCGGCUUUACUGGUUCAAACAAACUCUGGGACAGAAACCAAGGCUCAUCUCAUCCGUCUAUCCUUAUGAUGCAAGACCCACUUUUUAUGAUGAAUUCAACAACAAGUCACGCUUCACAUUUGAUCACGGAAAAAGUACAAAUCACCUGACGAUUUUAAAUGUGCACAUUUCAGUCUCAGCCACUUACUACUGUGCAUUUACCAAUCGAUAUGUGGUGAAUUUUGCCUUAGGCACUACUAUCAGUGUCACAGGUUCAGGUUUGAACAUCCCACCUUUGGUCCAUCAGUCAGCAUCUGAGAUCAUCCAGCCAGGAGACUCUGUGACUCUGAACUGUACAGUACACACUGGCAGCUGUGAUGGAGAACACAGGGUUUACUGGUUCAAAAACUCUGAGGACUCUCCAGGGGCCUUAUACCCCCCCGGACUCCUUUACACCCAUGGAGGCAGGAAUGAUCAGUGUGAUAGGAAACCCAACACACAAACACACACCUGUGUGUACAACCUGCCAAUGGAGAUCCUGAAUCUUUCUCAUGCUGGGACCUACUACUGUGCUGUCGUCUCAUGUGGACACAUACUGUUUGGAAACGGGACCAAGCUGGACUUUGAAGAUGAGGUGGACUCUCUUGUGUAUUUCUUGAGUGGAUCUUUGGCAAUCAACAACAUCCUGGUUGUUCUACUGGCUUUCAUAAUAAACAAGAUGAAGAAAUGCUGCCAGGUAACUGCACCCAAACUCGGCCCUGAGGCCUCUCCAGGACCCCGGGUCGACAUGGAGGUUUGGCAGUCCGCCUUUCAGCACCCAAACUCGGCCAAACUCGGACCUCCAGCCCCGGAGAGCUCGCAGGUGAUGGAUAAGGGGAGACAGCCUCACAGGGACCCCUGCAGAGCCCACAGCUGCUGGGGGUCGACAUGGAGGUUUGGCAGUCCGCCUUUCAGCACCCAAAUUCGGCCCUGA